ACCCUCUAAUUAUUUUCGAUCCAAAAAAUGAAAUCUGCAAUUCAACAACAAGUUCUUGGAAUGCAGCUGUCAUUGGGUCUUGCUCGAGCAAGAUUUUUGGCUGAUCCCUCCAAGCAUUUCCAUAUGUCUUCUUUAGAUGAUGGGUCUCAAUCAAUUCAGAAAUAUAAUGGGAAAGAUUGGAUCUUGAAUAGAGUCCACAAAAAUGGGAGAAAACCCGACAAUAUCAUCCGCGCACUCCGAGAACAUGUGAAAUUAGGAGCUAAGAUCACAGAAACAGUGAAGGGAAAGUUGAGGUUAGGAGCAAGAAUUGUAAGAGUUGGAGGGGUGAGGAAGAUCUACAAGAAGCUAUUCACAGUGAGUGAAGGAGAGAAGCUUUUGAAGGCAUCACAAUGCUAUUUGUCAACAACAGCUGGGCCUAUGGCUGGCCUUCUCUUCAUUUCCACUCAUAACAUUGCGUUUUGCAGUGACAAAUCCAUCAAACUCUCUUCCCCAAAUGGCGAAGAACAUGUUAGAAUUCACUAUAAGGUUGUGAUACCAAAUGAGAAGGUGAUGAGAGUAAAUGAGAGUGAGAAUGUGAAGAAAGCAUCACAAAAGUACAUACAAAUAGUGACAGUGGACAAGUUCGAGUUUUGGUUUAUGGGGUUUCUAAAGUAUCAAUCAACUUUCAACUCUCUUCAAGGACUACAAAGAUGAUGGAAAUGUGUCUAUAAAUAUGCAAUUUGAAGCAUGAAAUAGUGAUUGUUUUGUACAGAUUAUUGGAGUAAAUUACUCCAUUUUUAUCCCUAAAUUUGAAAAUUUGUAUCCAUUUUCAUCCCUCGAAUCACUUCCGAUUUGAUGUUAUGAUCA